AUGCACCAGGCUGCUUUCGUGGCACACAAGCCUGCUGCCUGCGCGAUAUCGCUGGUCAAUGCACCUAUCAUUGUCGACCACGAAGACUUCGAGGGUAUCCGUAUCGCAGCCACAACGCUCGCUCAAGACAUUGCGAGAGUGACUGGGGAAGAGGCGCCUACCAUCACCUCAGAGCAGAGCACAUCAUCAUGCGUUAUCAUCGUUGGCAGUGUCCAGAGGUCCAGACACAUCCAUCAAUUAGCUUUGAGUGGAAGCAUCGACAUCACCAUUGUCGAAAGCAAAUGGGAGACUUGGUGUACGGCACUUGUAAGUACGCCAUGGGAUGGAUGCACGAAUGCUCUCGUGAUCUGCGGGAGUGACAAGCGGGGCACUAUUUUCGGUAUCUAUUCGUUGUCUGAGCAAAUUGGUGUUUCGCCUUGGCAUUGGUGGGCAGAUGUACCAGUGGAGAAAAGCUCAUCUCUUUAUGCACUAGACGUCAGAACUGUGCAAGGACCGCCGUCAGUCAAGUACCGCGGUAUCUUCAUCAACGAUGAAGCGCCUGCACUAUCAGCGUGGGUACACGAGAAGUAUGGACCAAAGUACAAUUCUGAGUUCUACAAGCACGUCUUUGAACUUCUGCUACGGCUAAAAGCAAACUUUCUCUGGCCAGCGAUGUGGUUCGGUUAUCCGCAUCCAGGGAAUUCCUUCUUCAUGGACGAUCCCCUGAAUCAAGAGCUUGCUGAUAAAUACGGAAUCGUAGUGUCUACAUCGCAUCACGAACCAAUGCAGCGCGCGAUGAAUGAGUGGUUCGAUGUGCCGUACAAUGAACCCGAGCAGAGCUGGGAUUGGACAAAGAACAAAGAGAAGAUCACAAAGUAUUUUGUUGAAGGGGCGCAACGAGCCUCGAAUUUUGAGAGCGUGAUCACGAUCGGCAUGCGAGGUGAUGGCGACCGAGAGAUGGGAGUUGAAAACCCACAAGAAGUGUUGAAGGAGGUCCUGUCAACGCAAAGAAACAUCAUCAGCGACGUGUACGGUGGAGAAGACGCAGUACCCCAAGUGAUGGCACUGUAUAAGGAAGUGCAGGAGUAUUAUGAAAAUGGACUCGAAAUCCCGGAAGACGUGACACUUCUCUUUGCCGACGAUAAUUUCGGCACGAUUCGAAGACUUCCAACCGAAGCAGAGAGGAUGCGAAGAGGCGGUGCCGGGGUGUACUAUCACCUCGAGUAUGUUGGAGAACCGCGAAGUUACAAAUGGCUGAACAGCAAUUCUCUUGCCAAGGUUUGGCACCAACUCGAUCAAGCACAUCGCCAUGGUGCAGACCAGAUUUGGAUUUUCAACGUUGGGGACAUAAAGCCCCUUGAAGUACCACUGAGCUUUGUCAUGUCAUUGGCGUGGGAUACGCACGCUAUGAAUUUGGGCAACCUUCCAGCCUUCCUCGAAUCAUUCACUUCUCGUACUUUUGGCAGCGAGCUAGCGCUACAAACUGCAAAACUCUUACUUAGGUACGACAAACUCAUAGCUCUGCGAAAACACGAACAUGUUGAACCGGAGACAUUCUCGCUCAUCAACUAUUCGGAGGCAGACAACAUCCUGUCAAGCUGGGAGGCGCUUGCCGAUGACGCUGAAGCUCUAUCCACCCGAUUAAACACAGCAACUAGACCUUCUUUCUUCCAACUCAUUUUACACCCCAUCGAAGCAUCGCACACCUACACGGCACUCCAAAUCUGUCGUGCAAAGAACGCACUCUAUGCAAAACAACGUCGCAAUUCAGCCAACCAUUUCUUCAACCAAUCAAUUUCCCUCUUCAAAAACGACUUCCAGCUGUCUCAGAAGUAUCACGCGAUGCUUGGCGGGAAGUGGAACCAUAUCAUGCGACAGCCUCACCUCGGAUACCGCGAGACUUGGCAUGCGCCUUCACGCGACAUGAUAAGUGGGCUUUGUCUCGUCCAAGCGAUUCAAGAAUCGAACCCGAUCGUCGGAAACAUAGGUGUUGCUGUUGAGGGUACUGAGGGCUUGCGACCCGGGUUGUGCAACGAAGAGAGCGACCGCACGCAUCCUUCGCGAAGAGACCUCGUACCUGGUGUUACAUUACCGGCGAUGGAUCCAUAUGGCCCGCAAUCCAGAGCUUUUGAGUUGUACUUGCGUGGUCCGAAGAGACUCAGCUGGCAGGUUGAAAGUCCAGUAGAUUGGAUGCCGGUGAACGCUAGUGGGAUCUUGGACCCCACAUUCGAAGGAAAAGAUCCGACGAUCCAGGUCACGGUGAACUGGCAACUCGUACCUAAGGACUUCGAUAAUGAGGUCUUGUUGGUUCUACGCAGCGAUAUUGGGGAUUACGAACAUAUUCACGUUCCAGUGAAGGACCGUAGCACACCGCCUCAGUUCGUUGGACAUGUCGAGGCUGAUGGAGUCGUCUCCAUUCCAGCUACUCACUUCGCAAACAAGAACACUGUUGGUUGUUGGAGACACCCAUACCUUGGCCGAGAAGCGAGCGGGGCGAUAAGCUUUCGCAUGCAACCGAACUCGGGCUUGCAGAGUUGUGAGCUACUGUACCCUUUCUACACAUUCACGUUAAUCACCAAGGCGUCCUUGCACUUGUACUUCACGUUGACGCUUGAUGUAAACCCAACUUCACCAGCUCUUUACGGCCUCUCGCUUGACGGUAAGGAAAUUGAGAAGCACAAGCUGGUACAAGAACCUAAGAAGGCAGGUGAGCUACCACUCGGAUGGUUGGAGUCGGUCAUGAAUUGCGUUUGGAUCAAAACGCACCAAGUAGAUCUUGGCGAUGCUGGUGCGCACACUUUAAAGAUUUCGCUUCAGGCUGAGAACAUGGCACUGGAAAAAAUUGUUAUUGAUUUAGGAGGUGUGCGGGAAAGCUACUUAGGACCACCUGCAAGCUUCUAUGCGACAGGUUAA